AUGGUCAACUCCUGUGGUUCCGUCUGCUCUGAGCAGAGCUGUGGCCAAGACUUCUGUCAGGAAGAGUCCUGCUGCCGCCCUACCUGCUGCAUCUCCAGCUGCUGCAGGCCCCAGUGCUGUCGCCCUACCUGCUGCAUCUCCAGCUGCUGCAGGCCCCCCUGCUGCAGACCCACCUGUUGCAGGCCCCAGUGCUGCCAGCCAACCUGCUGCAGACCCAGCUGCUGCAUCUCCAGCUGCUGCAGACCCUCCUGCUGCAGGCCCCAGUGCUGCCAGUCCCAGUGCUGCCAGCCCACCUGCUGCAGACCCAGCUGCUGCAGACCCAGCUGCUGCAUCUCCAGCUGCUACCGCCCCUCCUGCAGUAGCUCCAGCUGCUGUGGCUCCAGCUGCUGCCGCCCCAGCUGCUGCCCUGGCUGCUGCCUGCGUCCAGUCUGUGGCCAAGUCUCCUGCCACACCAGUUGCUAUCGCCCAACCUGUGUGAUCUCCACCUGUCCCCGCCCCAUGUGCUGUGCCAGGCCUUGCUGCUGCUAA